CACUGCUACAAGGUUCCGCCCUCUGCUUCCAUUUCUGAAGUGAAGAAGCGGUGUCGCCGAGUCCUCGCCUUUUUAUAUACACGUUUUAGUAAAUAAAGUAGGGCCAUAAUCUUAAAGCGGUGAGUUAAACAGCAGACCCUGUUAAUUGUGGUACGCUGUUUGAGUAGUAGCUGGAACAGUAUCUAGCACUUCAUUCCCCAUUUUAACUUUACUAAGCGGCGAUACCGCCGCCCCAUAACGUUACCAGUGCGUGAGUUGGGGCCUACAGUGUUGGUUUGACCACGAGGAGCGGUCGAUUGGAUCAGUGCGAUGGCGGAGUUCGGUAACGGACUGGCAGAGGAAUCCUUACUAGAUUCAGAUCCUGGACAUCCAGAGCUCGAAGAUCCGGGUGUCGGUGACGAAGAACCGGGGUUAGAAGAGGGAGAGGCCGCGAUUGAAGACCCGGAGCUGGAGGCGAUCAAAGCUCGGGUCAGAGAGAUGGAGGAAGAGGCAGAGAAGCUGAAGGAGCUACAGAAUGAGGUGGAGAAACAGAUGAACCUCAGCCCACCACCAGUCGGACCUGUUAUCAUGUCUAUCGAGGAGAAGAUGGAAGCAGAUGGCAGAUCUAUUUAUGUUGGAAAUGUGGACUAUGGUGCCACUGCAGAAGAAUUGGAGGCUCACUUUCAUGGCUGCGGCUCAGUAAACAGAGUCACCAUCUUAUGUGACAAAUACACAGGGCAUCCCAAGGGGUUUGCCUAUAUUGAGUUUGCAGACAAAGAGUCUGUAAGGACGGCUAUGGCUUUGGAUGAGUCCCUUUUCAGAGGAAGGCAGAUAAAGGUGGGCGCUAAGAGAACAAACAGACCAGGUAUCAGCACCACAGACCGUGGCUUUCCACGGGCUCGCUUCCGAUCACGUGGAGGAAGCUUCUCAUCCCGUGCACGCUACUACAGUGGCUACACACCACCCAGAGGCAGAGGACGGGCCUUCAGGGGCCGAGGGCGAUCAACAUCGUGGUAUUCCCCUUACUAAACACCCUCCUCCCUCCAACACUCCAUUAUUAUCAACCCUCUGUUCCCAUUUAGAAAACAGUCAAUGAAAAGCCCCACCCUGUACCCCAACAAUAAAGGAAGAGAACCCCAGAAGAGAGAAAAAAGACAAAAAAGGAGAAAAGCCUCUCGUGGACAGAGACUGACUGCUGCAGUGUGCGAUUGUGUGUGAGCGUGAGUGUGCCCAGAUUGAUGCAGUCAGUCCUGGUAAGGUAUCAGUUGGCCACUGGGGAAGAAACAGUGGCACAUGUUUCUAUUGGGUUUUGUUUGGGGUGGUAUCUCAGGCUGCAGAUGUCUCCUUUGGUCUGGCUGUGACCUCCACCUUUCACACCAUCACCAACACAACCCACCCCACUCACCUGUCACCACCAACAAAAGGGGGCGGGGGGGACAGCAUGAAAAGAUAGUGUUGUCUUAAGUUUAAUGUGCUACUCAUAUGUGAAACUAUCACUAUCCAGAAUGGUGUUUUAAGUUUGUGGAGUGUGUCAUUACCUUCCAACAUCCACCCCUCCUGUACCUGCAGUUCUCUACACCCCUACCCACCCUUACUGUUUUUGUUAGAUGCCCCCAUUGACAGUUUGUGAUACCCCCACCCCACCUCCUUCCUUCCAUGUCUCCUGUCUCUCAUCCUCCUUCCCCUCUCCUUUUCCUCUCUCUGUAUAUUAGACCACUUCUUGUCGUUUCAGGUUUCAGGACCAGUGGAGGCUGACGACCCCUACCCAGGUGGCGCCGGCCCCCCCCACUGUCUCCGCAGCGUCUCUCUCGCUCUCUGCUCCUGC